AAAUCUUGAUAACGCACACGUUGGUAUUAAAAAUACACCAAUAUUUGCAUAACUCAUCAGUGGUGGUAAUGCAGGCUGAGCAGUUUGCGCCUUACCACUCAAAAAAAAACAUUCUUUUUUUUAUCUCCUCUUCUAGUGGGAGAAGCUCGAAACCUGAUCCCUAUGGACCCCAAUGGGUUAUCAGACCCAUAUGUUAAACUUAAGCUCAUCCCAGACCCCAAAAACGAGACCAAACAGAAGACCAGGACCAUCCGUUCGUCCUUGAACCCAUGCUGGAACGAGUCCUUCACCUUUAAGCUCAAGGUAUCCGACAAGGACCGCCGUCUGUCCAUCGAGAUUUGGGACUGGGACCGCACGACCAGAAACGACUUCAUGGGCUCCAUGUCGUUUGGAGUGUCCGAGCUGAUGAAGGCUCACACGUGCGGAUGGUACAAAUUGCUGAACCAAGAAGAGGGCGAGUACUACAACGUGCCCAUCCCAGAGGUGGACGACAUCGACCUGGAGCUCCGGCAGAAGUUUGAGAAAGCCAAGCUCGGCCACGGGAAGAAAGUCAUCACGCCGUCGGACCACCGCCGCUUCAGCCUCCCUUCGGGAAACGGCGAGCGUAUCCGCCUGAGCGACUUCAACUUCCUGGCCCUGCUGGGGAAAGGCAGCUUCGGCAAGGUGAUGCUGGCGGAGAUGAAGUCGACGGAGGAGUUGUACGCCAUCAAGAUCCUGAAGAAGGACGUGGUGAUCCAGGACGACGACGUGGAGUGCACCAUGGUGGAGAAGCGGGUGUUGGCGCAGAGGGACAAGCCACCGUUUCUCACCCAGCUGCACUCGUGCUUCCAGACCGUGGACCGCCUCUACUUUGUGAUGGAGUACAUCAAUGGAGGCGACCUCAUGUAUCACAUCCAGCGGAUGGGAAAGUUCAAGGAGCCGCAAGCAGUCUUUUACGCCGCCGAGAUCGCAGCCGGUCUCUUUUUCCUGCACCGGAAGGGAAUUAUCUACAGGGACCUGAAGCUGGACAACGUGAUGCUGGACUCCGAGGGCCACAUUAAGAUCGCAGACUUUGGCAUGUGCAAGGAGAACAUGUAUGAAGGCAUGAGCACGCGCACCUUCUGCGGCACACCUGACUACAUCGCACCAGAGAUCAUAGCCUACCAGCCCUAUGGGAAAUCGGUGGACUGGUGGGCAUAUGGAGUUCUUCUCUAUGAGAUGCUGGCAGGACAGCCACCGUUUGACGGCGAGGAUGAGGACGAGCUCUUCCAGUCCAUCAUGGAGCACAAUGUGUCCUACCCCAAGUCCAUGUCCAAAGAAGCGGUGUCCAUCUGCAAAGGGCUGAUGACCAAACACCCUUCCAAGCGUCUGGGCUGCGGCUCAGAGGGCGAGAGGGACAUCCGGGAGCAGGCCUUCUUCCGCCGCAUCGACUGGGAAAGGCUGGCCAACAAGGAGAUCCAACCACCGUUCAAGCCCAAAGUGUGUGGCAAAGGGGCUGAAAACUUCGACAAGUUCUUCACGCGCACGCAGCCCGUCCUGACCCCGCCCGACCAGCUGGUGAUCGCCAACAUCGACCAGGGCGAGUUUGCCGGCUUCUCCUGCAUCAACCCUCAGUUCCUCCACCCGUCCCUGCACAGCGUGGUGUGAGCAGGAGGAGGAGCUCAGACUCUCGACUUUUGCCCGUCUCGGAGAUCCUCCUGACAAGUUCUGACAUCUAGGUAUCACCUCGCGUAUACUGUGUGCAGAUGUGACCGAGGAGCGCACUCGGGGUGCUCGCUGCGUAGAUUCCCUACCUAAAAAAAAAAUAUAUAUAUAUAUAUAUAUAUACCGUAAGCCUUUUUUUCCCCUUGUGCUUUUUUUUGUUGUUGUUUUUUGUGUUCUCCUGCAACAUAGAAGAUCCUAUUUUUCUUUCCCCUCUGUAGAUUUGCCAACAAACAGAGACGUAGUACUCAUGCUGUCACACCAGUGCCAAAGUCCAUGACUCUCGUUUGCAAUCCGUGCUAAUCAGAGACAUUGGAGACAUCGCUCCAACACAACAGUCUACAGUGUUAUCCGGUAUGAAGAAGAUGUUUCCAUUUGCACAAAGCUACCGCAUGCUAAUUUUCUCACCCUGUAGGAGUGUGCAAUCCUGAAAGGCGCUCCGCAAAGUUUAAAGGUUUUUCUAAAUGAGCUCAAAAGAGGUUUUGUACGAAGAACUGAAUGUGCUUUCCUGUAUUGGACGGCCCCCCAGUCCCCACGCCCCCGCCCACAAUGAGAUCUGGCAGCUCCACUAUAUAGUCCUCUUAUUGCAGCAUUCGGAAUCAAGGUAAAUUCAGGAUGCUUUAUUAUUGUCCAUUCUUUAACAUGUACAAGACACAUAAGAACUGAAAUGACAUUUUGGGCACAGUCCCACUAAGAGCAGACAUAUGUUACAGGUAGAGAUGUCCGAUAAUAUCGGUCUGCCGAUAUUAUCGGCCGAUAAAUGCGUUAAAAUGUAAUAUAAAUAUCGGAAAUUAUCGGUAUCGUUUUUUUUUAUUAUCAGUAUCAGUUUUUAUUUUUUUUUUAUUUUUUUUUUUUUAUUAAAUCAACAUAAAAAACACAAGAUACACUUACAAUUAGUGCACCAACCCAAAAAACCUCCCUCCCCCAUUUACACUCAUUCACACUCAUUCACACAAAAGGGUUGUUUCUUUCUGUUAUUAAUAUUCUGCUUCCUACAUUAUAUAUCAAUAUAUAUCAAUACAGUCUGCAAGGGAUACAGUCCGUAAGCACACAUGAUUGUGCGUGCUGCUGGUCCACUAAUAGUACUAACCUUUAACAGUUCAUUUUACAAAUUUUCAUUCAUUACUAGUUUCUAUGUAACUGUUUUUAUAUUGUUUUACUUUCUUUUUUAUUCAAGAAAAUGUUUUUAAUUUAUUUAUCUUAUUUUAUUUGAUUCUUUUUUUUUUUAAAAGAACCUUAUCUUCACCAUACCUGGUUGUCCAAAUUAGGCAUAAUAAUGUUUUAAUUCCACGACUGUAUAUAUCGGUUGAUAUCGGUAAUUAAAGAGUUGGACAAUAUCGGCAUAUCGGAUAUCGGCAAAAAUCCAUUGUCGGACAUCCCUAGUUACAGGGAGACAAGACGGGACCGCCGAUGGAUCAGCCACUUACGGCGCUCCUUAAAAAAAGGUGGGAAAAGGGGGAUAUUGGGAAAGGGGGGGAAGAGUAAAAAAUAUCAGUCAAAGUCUGGACUCUCGGGAGGGGGUCCAGACUGAGUCCAAGGGAAAAAAAACUCAUUUGCCAUAG